AUGCCCCAGGUAUACCGUCGACACUCGGAAUACAGCCAGCGUCCUGAAACUCGCCGCCGCUCGAGCGUCGCUCCCCAACCAAUCGACGCCGACGACUCCAUCGUCCUCUCAGACCUCGUGCGUACGGGAGAAGCUUCUCGUUUACGCCGUCGAGGUGCUAUGCGCAUAGAUCACGCAAGAGCACCGCCUGCACCCCCAUACAUGUCCAGCUCAAACUCUGCUCCACGGCCAAUCGUGGUAGUGCCCUCGAGGACGCCCACGCCACCCUACGUCCCCACGGAGCUUGCAGGCGAAGACGAAUACACGUACAGCGGCGGCGAGUGGAGAGACUGGAAUGUGGACGACAGAGGUGAGGGUAGCGGCGCCGCGAGAGGGGCGCAGACGGAAGAACAAAGAAGAGAGGGCGAAGAGGAAGAGGAGUUCAUGCUCUUCUGCGGCGGAGAAGAAUGGGGCCCGUCUGCGGUGACUGGGCUGCACGGGCCGUCGUUUGCGCCAUCGCCUUUGCCAGGCCGUAGUAGAUCUCGGUCGGCGUCUACUUCAGCCUCUGGACGUGCGAGCUCACAGGCGGCGCGACGGACGAACGGGUGCGGCGCUCUGGUUCAUAUGCGUGCGUACCCGCAGCGGCCGCGGGGAGUGUGGGUGGGCAAGGAGGAGGCGACAGAGGUUGUGGUCGGGCUUGACGCAUCUUAUUUUGAACGCUCGGUGGUGGCGAAGAUGAUGAAGAGCGCAUGCGGGUGCGUGCGCGAGGGAAUAGGGUGCGCGGUAUGCGGGAACACGCUAGGGACGCGCUACAUGCCCUGCCAGGCGGCGUCGGAGGGCAUCUUCUCUCGGAAUUCAGCGGUGCGCACACCUCCGGCACUGCACCCGAGCGGUCCGCGGUAUUGGCAGUGUCGCCCUCCGGCAGCGGGACGUGGGUCGGGGAGUGGGCGUAGGACGUCAGCGUUCUACGUCUACACGUUCUUUGCAGACCACGUGUCGCCGUCGCGGCCGUACGGGUUUCCUGGGCACCCGUCUCACGGGCGCGGAAUACAUGUGGAUGUACAGGUUUCGCAGGAAAGUCGAGCGAGCUCGCCGAGUCCCGCACCUGCACCCGGACUGUAUUAUGGAUAUCGCUGGACGGCGUCACCUCGGCCGAUUUCGCCACCACCCGCCGUCGACGGGGCGACUUCAUCUGCAGAACUUGUCGCAGCUCGUGUUGCGCAACCGAUGGAGUUGCCGCUGCAGCUGCAACCGCUGACACCACUGCCUAUGGCGCGGGCGGCGUGGCUUGACGUUGAGACUAGUUCGGAUGCACGCACGGGAAUUAACGCGCAGUCGACCCAGGAUGGUGAGCAGGACGCGAGGACCGCUGGCAUGGAACUGGAUGCGGACGGCGUCCUGAGGGAAGUGGACCCCAUGGACGAGCCGAAUUCCCCUGACAAGGGAAAUGAGCCGAUGCUCUGGCCCGGACGAUGA